AUGGUUGGUAAAAACGAUGAAAAUCCCAAGACUACUGAUCCCAAAAUCACUGAAAUCCCCAAGACUGUUGAUUCCAAAAUCACCGAAAACCCAUACGGCAUCGCAAAUAUCCGAUCCUCCAUUCCAAUUAUUCUUGAUCUUGAAAGAAUGAAUUACGACUCAUGGCAUGAACUAUUUGAAACACAUUGUUCUGGGUUCGGUGUAGGUCACCAUCUUCAACCACCCGCUGAUCCUGCCUCCUCCGACAUGGAGGAAUGGAAACGAAUCGAUAACAUCGUCAAGAUGUGGAUUUAUGGUAUGCUUUCUCCUUCUCUACUAUAG